UCAAUCCGUGUUUUCGCCCACCUUCAAUCCGUAUUUUCACCUCCUUUCAACCCGUGUUUCUACUCCUCUCAACCGGUGUUUUCGCCUCCCUUCUACCUUCCUUCGAUUAUAAUAUUCUCUCUAUUAUUCGUUAUUUGCGCAAAAGUAUGUGAAAACACUCUACAACGUUGGUAUAGAAGGAAUUUUACCGGGGGCGGCCUCUGUAAUUAUAUGUUGACGAAGUUCUCGCGUUUGCCGUCUCAGGUGAACUGAGGAAAGCGAAAGAAGAAACUAUGCAUUACUGGGUGAAAGCUUGUCCCUUCGAUUUCUCUAGAACUCUUCCUAAACCUCGCAGACAUCCAUCUCUUUCUCUCUCUACGAAUUCUCUUCGAUUUUUUUUUACAAUCAUUUUCAUGGAUUACUCCUGUGAAGUUUCAGUGGCCACUCCGCUGUUAACAUCAGAAAUUUGAAGAUCUUCGUGUUUGGUGGCCUCGUCGAAAGUGAUAUCGCCGUUUUAUGAGAUCGGUUUUGGUGCAUUUGAAGAUUGAUUUUGGCUUGAUCCUUAUCCCAUGUAUUUGAAGGUUGAUUUUGGCUCGAUGCUGAAGUAGGGAAGACUAAGAAUGGAACGUUAUCUUUAUUUCCUCUCUCAAAGGCUCUUGCGGCUCAUAAAUCUGUUCUUGUUGGUGAUUUAAAAAUGGCUAACUUCAAACAAUUUCUUGCCAACAAGGGAAUACAGGUUGAAUUUCCUAGGGGUGCUUUGAGAUGUGGCGAGUAUUUCACCCUACGCAAGGUUACAAAUGCAAGUCAAAAGGGUGGUGGUUCUGGUACACAGCAAGUUGUCAUUGAAGGGCCCUUAUGUGAGGAUUAUUAUAAAAUUUCAGGAUCUAUUGUAUUCACAAUUUUAUUUGUUAUAAUUGAGAAACCUUGUUGAACAUGGAAGAUAUCAUCCCAUCAAUUUGAAUUGCCUAGUUGGAAAUGUAUUGAUUUUUUUAUCUUU